CAUACGGACAAAUUGUGUGAUUUAAUGGUUGCAAACAUAAUCAGUGGAGAGCGAAAAGGAUGAGGGUGAUAGUAAUAACCAUAGUAGAGGCGAUCCUAGGAUUAACUGGUGCUGUGGUGGGCGCCAGUGACUGCGCAUGUGCCACACUUAGCGUUCACAUACGCGAUGGCCCUGGAGCGAGUCACAACAUACUGAGCACUCUCAUACCUCCACACUGCGUACCGUACAAGGGCGAGCAAAAACUGUCUGAGGGACUGACCUGGGCCAAGGUCAGCUACAAUGGCAAGGACGGUUGGAUAGCUGUGAACUGGAUUGCAAUUCGAACCUGUGGCACAACACCGACAAAGGACGCACAUGGUAGCUACGGUGACGUCCGUCUGCCAGGCUGCCCCCACAUUGUUACCCGGGCAGAGUGGGGUGCCCGGAACAGUCAAGGAGGACCCUGGCCGCUAACACAGAUCCCUAAGGGCAUCUUCAUCCAUCACUCUGCUACCGGAAGCUGUUACAAUCAGCAGAGCUGCGCGGCUGAGGUGCGCAGUUUUCAGAACUACCACAUGGACAGCAAGCAUUGGGGGGAUGUAGCGUAUAGCUUUAUAGUCGGCGAGGAUGGGGAUGUCUAUGAGGGGCGUGGCUGGAACCAGAUCGGGGCCCAUACGUACGGCCACAACCAUGAUGCUUUGGGAUUUUGUGUCAUCGGUACCUUCACUGGUCAUCUCCCAAACGAUGCCGCGCUAAGCGCUGUUCGUCGCCUUAUAGACUGUGCUGUCCAGAAUGGAAAGGUUAUUAAGAACUAUUCCCUAAAAGGUCACAGAGACGUGUCAUCAACGGAGUGCCCCGGUCAGAAGCUGUACGAUCUUAUCCGAACAUGGCCACACUAUGGAUAAAGGGAGGCUACUC